GAUGUCAAACAGGUUGGUUUUCCCUUGCGGGGAGGAGGUGGACUCAGAGCAUUCUGGCUCCCUCCUCAUUGGGUGCUGCCAUUGCUUCCCCCGCUCUCCAUGCUUCCUGCCUGGGUAAUAAAUAGAUUUCUUGGAGCACAGUUCGCACCUCAGGUGCUGCUCACAGCUUGGCCCUAGCAGGGUUGUUUGCUUUUGUUACUUGUCUUGUACGCAGACAGGUUUUCAGGGACUUCUCUCUGUUCUGCAUUGCUUGGAUGUGAUGCUGAGAGACGUCUUUGGGCAGAGACGCUGAUUCUAAGUGUGUCCCUCAAACCUUAGCACUGCCAUUGCAACAUCAUCACUUGGAAAAAAACAAGCGGUACAAUCAAGGCACUGCAUAGAAGAGCAUGGAGAAAUUCAGAAGUAUUUUUCUUUUGUGCUUUGGCUUCCUUCUAGUCCAUGUAAGAGGUCAAGGCGAUUUUGAUUUAGCUGAUGCCCUUGAUCACCCAGAUGACAUAAUUACAAGGAAGCCUACAGUGAUCAGAAGACCCACAAGGCCUGUGCUGAACAAUGAUCUACAUUUAGGAGAUGCUCUUGGUGGGGGUGACAUCUCAAGAAAACCUUUAUACCCACCUCUUCCACCACGACCAGGAAGUUACAGUAAUUCUGGAGGUUUUGAUGACUCAGAUCUCCUUGAUGGGAAGCCUUUACCACCGGUCAUAACAGGAGAAGAGGAGCAUCAUUUCAAUCAUGGAGGAAACACAGAUUCAGGAUUAAUAGCUGGAGUUACAUCGCCUGUAAUUUCUGCCUUUGUAAUAUUGGUUGUUGGAUCGAUAGCAGCCUACUCUGCUUACAAGAAUAAGAGACUUUGUUUCAAACCACGUGGUGGGGCUGCAGUGUAAACCACUGAAGGAAGAGUUGCCCUCUGAUCACAGGCUCCUUUGGUUGGUGACAUUCUACUGUGCUGUUCUGACAAAAAAAAAAAUAUCUUCUUCUAAUGAAUGUUUUGUCGAGACUGCUCUCUCUAACUUGAUGUCACUUUUGUGCCUUGAGCUUCAUGUCAUCAAAGAUAUGCUUAAAACAUCCAGGGAUUGUAUUGCACUAUCUGAUGUGCAUUUAUAAAUGUUGGAUGUGGAUUUUGACUCAGAAAUUAUUUUAAACAAUAAAGAAAUCAAGUACAUUAUAAGCUAAAAAUGGAAAGUUUGGGGUUUGUCAGCAUUUGAGUCAUCGAACAAAUUUCUUUUUCUCUGUUCAAAAUUACCCAAAAACCAAUCCCUCUGAUAGAAUAGGAUAAAGGAGUUUGCCAUUUUCAUUCAUGCAUGUUGGGUUUUUUCAGUAUAUUUCUGUAAUAUUUAUAAUAUUUAAGGAAAACUUAUAGUUGUCUAAAGGAUUAAAAAUUUUACUGCCUUUACUUUGUAUUUAUGUCUGAAUUUUAUCAAAGUGAAAGGAAGUAUAGGUAGAAAAUUCAUUCUUAAUUUUAUAAUAAAUUGAGAAGAAUAUGUAUAUUGACAAACCACUUUAAAAAAAUAAAAAUAAGAGAAACACA